AUGUCCGCCCUUCUCUCAGGGUACGCCUCUUCCGACGAAGAAGACAUCAGCACCACCUCGUCCGCCCCCCCUGUGGCAACAGGAGCUUCUUCGAGGACCGCGGCUCUUCCAUCCCAAUCAGCAGCCGACAUCGACGACGAAGAAGAUGACGAGGUGCUGCAAAAACAGGCUCAGAGCGAUGCUUUUGGCCUGAGCGGACAAAAGGCUGCCGAGCAUGCCAGGAGAGAGGAGAAGACGGUUGUGAAAGCUGCGCCAGAUGUGCUGAAAGAGGAUCCCAAUGGAGCUGGAAGUGUCAUCAUCACGAGACCGACGGACAAAGUCAUGAACGUCAAUCUGACAUACGAAGAUAUGUCGCGUCCUGUCGCUGGACCCGAAAACCCUUUCGAGUCCAGAAAGAACAAGGGCAUGAACACCCUGUCAGGUCAUGUUGAGGAGCAGUCCAUGGACAACUACUCAUUCUUGAUGGCUCAGCGUACUUUCGACGUCCACGGCUACGCCCUCAAUCCUUCUCUCACCCCCGGAUCGACCCCCAUAGUAGGCUCCUUGAACAACGCUCACCAAAAUGGUUACGCUUCUAUCGAGAAUAUGAAGCCCACCCGUAAUGAGCAGAGGACGACCAAGCGAAAGAGAGGAAAGAAGGGUGAUGCGGGCGUGGUAGAUGGCGAAGGAGCCUAUUUGGGACCUUGGGCGGAUUGGCAGACGGAAAAGCCGGAGGAAAUAGAGGUGGAGGACGAAAGCGAGAACGAGGAAUGGAGAGCAGAGAAGAAAAGGAGGGAGGAGGCUACCGCCAAGGCAAAGGAGAAGAUGCAGGUGGCGAUGGAAGAGAAGAGUAUCUUCCAUGGCAAGGAGCUGCACGAUUACGCUGGCAGAACGUACAUGCACAUCCCUACGGAUGUCGACGUCAAACUCAACCCCUCAGAUGGCGCUCCUCCGCCAAACGCCUACGUCCCCGAACGGUGCAUACACACCUGGACUGGUCACAACAAGGGUGUCUCCGCCAUCCGUCUAUUCCCCAAAUCCGGCCACCUGCUGCUCUCAUCCAGUAUGGACACCAAAGUCAAGCUUUGGGAUAUCUACCACGAAGGCAAUUGUCUUCGUACCUUCCUCGGACACUCUCAAGCUGUCAAAGACAUUGCUUUCAACAAUUCUGGCGACAAGUUCUUGUCGGCGAGUUACGACAAGCAAAUCAAGCUUUGGGAUACCGAAACGGGCAAGUGUAUCCAGGCGUUCUCAAAUGGAAAGAUACCGAAUGUGGUCAAGUUCCAUCCGGAUGGGGACAAACAAAAUAUCUUCAUGGCUGGUAUGCAAGACAAGAAGAUUAUUCAAUACGAUCUCCGAGAGCGUGAAAUUGUUCAGACAUACGAUCAACAUCUGGGUCCUGUCAACACAAUCACCUUUGUCGACGAAAACCGGCGAUUUGUCACCACCUCUGAUGAUAAGACGAUCCGAGGAUGGGACUACGAUAUCCCUGUUGUGAUCAAGUACAUCGCUGAGCCUUAUAUGCACUCGAUGCCCGCUGUGACUCUGCACCCGAGCCACAAAUACUUUGCUGCCCAGUCUCUGGACAACCAGAUCCUCGUCUACUCGGCCGACGGUGCUUUCCGUCAAAACCGCAAGAAGCGCUUCGCCGGUCACACGGUCGCGGGUUACGCCUGUAACAUCGGUUUCUCUCCCGAUGGCAAAUUUAUCUCGUCCGGUACGGGUGGUGGAGAGCUUGUUUGCUGGGAUUGGAAGAGCGGCAAGAUCACGAAGAGAUUGAAGGCGCACAAACAAGUCGUCAUCGACCAUGUGUGGUUGCCUAAUGAACAUUCCAAGGUUAUCACUGCAUCUUGGGACGGUCUUAUCAAGUUGUGGACCUAG